AGAAAUCCCUUGUCGUGCUGUAGGUCUCAUUGUUCUCUUUGGGGUUCUUAUCACGUUCCUUUGUGUCUUUCUGUUUCCUUUAACUCUUGCAAAUUUGUUGGAGUUAGAUUGCUACAAAAUAACUUGAAUUGAGCUAUUUUAGUUCAAUAAUGAACUGAAAGAGGAAAGUUGAGUGAGGGAAAAAGGUAAGAAGUGUGAGCAACAUUUGAGAGAAAAGCCAAGUUCUACAAUGUGCGAAACACGAGUGUUAAGUGCCAUUCUGUUUCAAUCAUGUCAAGCGGUGAUGACAGAAAACACCAAGUGGAUGAAUCCUUUAUGCUCAAAGCAAUGCAACAACAAUUUCAGAGGCUGGGCAUCAUGUUUGGAAUAUGAUGCUAAUGAUGAUGUCGAUGACGAUUAUAAAGAUGCAUUCAAAACUGACGCCCAGAACUCAAAUUUCAGCAUGGACAGAAUUAUGAGAGGUAGAGGGGGCCAAAGAGAGCAAAAUUUGACAAGGUGGGGAGAUCGGCAAGAUCGUGACUUAAACAUCAAGAUGAAGAUUCCUCCGUUUCAAGGCAAGAAUGAUCCAGAUGUGUAUUUGGAGUGGGAAAAGAAGGUGGAAUUGGUGUUUGAUUGCCAUAACUAUUCUGAGGAGAAAAAGGUGAAACUAGUAGCGGUGGAAUUUAUUGAUUAUGCUGUGGUGUGGUGGGAUCAGCGUGUGCUUAGUCGACGUAAAAAUCGAGAGCAUCCUGUUGACACUUGGGAAGAGAUGAAAGCUGUGAUGAGAAAACGAUUUGUUCCUAGUCACUACUUCCGUGAUCUCUAUCAACGAUUGCAGGGCCUUACUCAAGGGUCCAAAAGCGUUGAGGAUUAUCACAAAGAGAUGGAAAUCACAAUGGUUAGAUCGAAUGUGGAAGAGGACAGAGAAGCAACUAUGGCACGGUUUCUGCAUGGCUUAAUUCAUGAUAUAGCUAAUGUGGUGGAGCUGCAGCAUUAUGUGGAAUUGGAAGAUAUGGUGCAUAUGGCGAUGAAAGUAGAACGGCAACUCAAGGGUAAAGGAGCCACCACCAAAAGUGGGCAAAAUUCAGCAAUGAGAAGAGUAAAACAGAUAAUACGCAAGGCAUAAACCGAGACAUCAAGAGUUUUCGAUACUUGGGAAGGGGGCAUGUUGCAUCACAAUGUCCUAAUAAGCACCCGAUGAUCUU